AUGAACAAAUUUACUGCUUUUGCUUUGAUCCUUUCUGUUUCUGUUGUUUCUGUUUAAGCUGUUUCUACUGGUAAUGGAGUAGCUUGUGCUGUUACUGCUAGUUCAAACUGCAGCAAUUGUGGUGACGCUACUAGUUAAGCUUUAUUCACAUACGACUCUUCUAAUAAUGGUAACUGUAAAUUCACCGAUUGUUCUACUAAACCUGCUAGUCUUAAUGGAUGGAUUUGCUAAUCUUGUAAUGGUGUCUCUGGUUCUAGUGUUCCUGAUGGAUAAUACUUCUAUGGCUCUAGUUGCAGCAAUUCAUGCAAAGGUGCCACUGUUAGUAACAGUUGGGUAUGCACAAGCAAUUCUACUUUAUUAGUUUUUGCUUUAUUAUUAUCUCUUAUAGCUUUACUAUUGUGA